AUGAUGCAAACGGCGACGGCGUACUGCGGCGUGCCGCGGCCACCUGCUUCGCCUCGGCACGACGCCUUUCCUGCUUUGCCUUUCCCUCCGCCCAAGUCUGUUUUUUCGCUUCUGCAGCCGCACCGCCAUGCCACUGCGACCGUUAGCCAGUCUUCAUCCUCUUCGUCUUCUCUUGCGUUCCCACCUCUUUCUCACGGGGUUGCGCCGACAGUGCAUCCUGGCCGCGAAGCACCCGACUGCGUCUUCCCGCUGUGGCAGCACUCCUCCUCUGCUCUGGUGCUCUCCACCGCUGACGGCGCGUUCCCGCUGACCGCGACUUUGUCUCUCUCCGCGUUUCGGGCGCCCCCCUCAGGUCUGCUUCACGCCGCCGUCGAGGGUGAGGCCGGGCGCGCGCAAGUCGAGGAGGUCUCCUCAGAGGACGAGGCCGCGACCUACGGGCGGGAGUCACUGUGCAGGGCGCGCGAGGACGCAGCCGACGGCGGAGGGCACCCGGACGGGGCGGAAGGGGAGAGAGUCGCCCUGGAGCCCACGCGAAGGCCUCGUCCGGGCUUUCCGGGGGGCGAGAGGCGAGGCGAGGGAGGAGCCGGGGGACAGAGGGGCGCGGAGGCAGGAGGCGCCGCGACAGCCGAGGGCGAAGCGGGGGGAAGGAGGCAAUCAGGAGCCUCACCCCGUCUCUCUGGAUCGCCCACUCCGGGCAGCACGCGGCAGUCUUCUCGCCUACUCUCGCCGGCUGAGGUGUCCAGACUCCUGCUCCAGCAGUAUCCUCCGCCGCCUUCGCGGCCUCACCCCAGUGCGCCAGAGAGUCGCGAAACAGACGAAGAAGAGCCUGAGAAGGCGACAAAGAGGCGAGGCGCACCAGAAGGGGAGCUGCGUCACGCAGAAAAAGGGCGUCUGCCUCUGCCCGCUGACGAGGACGCGGAGGAGGGCAACAAAUCUCCGCAGCGCCAAAAGAGUUUGUCUGUGGCGAGCACGCGCGCGACAGCUCUCUCCUGGAGUGCGCCGCAUUCGCGCCAGCUGUCGCGAGCGACGUCCUCGUCGAUUCCGUAUGGAGGACAAGAAGAGGAAGAGAGAGGGAGCGAGCGGCGUCUUUCGCGCGUGCCGGGGCCUGCCGCCUCCAUGGCGUCGCCGCUGCGGCCGCUCCCUGCGCGUCAACCCGCCUAUCCGCACUCGCCUGCCUUUACGCGGCUGCUGGCACGCGCCCCGUCGAUGAAUCGGCUCUCGGGGUCUCCAGACCACGCCGCUGUCUCCCCCGAGCCCACUCAAGAGAGCGGAGGCCGAUUUUUCGCGGCCGAUCGCGAGCGGAAGACACUCCGUGCACUGUCGCGGACGGACCUUGCGCCUCCCGCGCUCCCCGCGCCGCGGCUGGGGCUGGAAGCGCGUGCGCCGGAGAGCGACUCGAGGAGGGCGCAGAGACGGGCGGGCGGGCGCGAGGCGCUGCAGGAGGCGCGAGAGGAAAAGGACGCCAAUGACCCCUUUGCAGGCCUGUGGAGUUUCUUCUCCUUCGCGGGCUCGACUCGCUCCCAGGCGGCGCCGGAUUCAUGCGGGAAGGCGCGGGCGCGGAAGCGGAGGAGCGGUGAAAAGGAAGUCGACGCCUGGGGCGUGGAGUUGGAGUGCAUCGAGGAGGAGAGCCCGAGUCGCGAGCCGGCGCACUCUCCUCACACGCUUGCUCGCCGCCGCCGAUCCUCGAUGUCAACGUCCGCACCGCCAAGCUCCGCGGAACCGAGCUCGCUGGCGUCGCUCGGCCCGCCCUCGCGCACUGCGUCUCGGGAGGCGGGAGCCUCCGCGCAGAGGAGCAGACUCGGCGGCGCCGCCUCACGAGGGCAGAGUGCGCCGCCGCUCGGCGCCGUUGCCGAGGAGCCCGCAGGCGCAGAGCCGCGUCCGUCGUCGCGCCUCGGGGACCUUGGAGUCACGCGGCGGACUGCACGGCGGGUCGUGCCGAGCCCAACGGAGUCGCGCUCGCUUCGGGGCUUUGCCGACCAGGUGGCCUCGCUUCACUCGCUCGCCCAAAGCGAAGAGGAGGCGGCGCGGCGCCUCCAGGACGCGCUCGCUUCUUCCUCCCCGGCGGCCGACGGCAGCCUCUCUCCGUCCUCCUCGGCGGCGCCCCUGCAGAGGGCCGCGAUCGUGCUUGGGCUCGAGGCGGGCGUCGACGGAGACGAGGACGCAGUGUUCCAUUCGACGAAGCGAGGCUCUGCGCCUGCGAGCCUCGCGCAUCCACUCUCUCCGCGAAGUCGGGGCGCCGUCACUGAGGGCGCGCGUGGUGACAGCGGCGUCUCCUCGAGCACGCGUGCGUCGAGUGGCGGCCUCUCGCGGGCGCAGGAGGCGAGGGGCGAAACGGAGGAGCUGAAGAGGCAGAAUUCGCACAAGGCCUUUUUCUCCACAGACGCGGAGCGGGGCGGCCGGCAGGCCUCGGCGUUGUGUGCGUUUUCGGACGCAGACGCGAAGAGCCGAAAGUCAGCCUCCCCUGUCGGGCGGGGGGGCUCCGUGUGCUCCGCUAUCCCCGUGGGUGCACUCGAGGGGCGGCGGAGACGGCGCCGUCUCGCCUCGCCGCGCGACUUCCCGCCGCCGACGUUUGAGCGCAUCCUCUUUGGGCUCCCCAGCGAAGGCGAGCAGGAGGAGGAGGCUGGGGGUGGGCGGCGGGGCGGGGGGCAGACUGAAGGCGAGGAGGCGCCGCGCACUCGCGCGGCGCGGCGGCGGAGACCGAAGGCCUCUGCGCCUGUGUUUGGCGAGGACGCCGCCGGCACACCGCGCAUGCGGUGCAAGACGACGGAAAAGCCUGCCGCGGCAGCCGCCUCGACGACGCCUGCGCCGCUCUCGGGGUUCUCGCUGCUGCCCUCCUUUCUGUCGAAUCUGUUGGCGAGCUCCGCAGGCGAGGAGCCGGGGACGACUGGCGGCGGGGGGGUGGGCGCGAGGGCGAAGGGUCGCGGCCGGCAGACGGAGGGCGACGGGGCGAGGGGGACGACCUCGACGCACGAAUCGGCAGAGUACGUGGAUCUGUCGCACGCCAACAUAUCUUAUUUUCUGUCGCUGCGUGACGAGACCAGCGAGGCUACCUCGAGCUCGUCGCGCGAGUCAUCGCCUGCGCCAGUCAUGACGCGCCUGUGGAUGAGGAGCUCGCGCCCGAGCCCCGGCGCGACGCGGUCCAAGAGUCUCCGCGCCUUCCUCGAGGCAAGCCACGUCGAGAGGCCGCCGCAGGCCCUCGCGGCGGAGUCCCCCGCGCGCCCCGGCGAGCCCAGUCUCCGCGCCGGCGCGUCGCGCCCUCUGGAGGGGCACCAGAGGCUCGACGAGCUCCCUCACGCACGCAGUUCCGCUGGCGCCGCGACAGCGCCGCGACGUGCCUCUCCCGACUUGGAGACGCAGGGUGGCUUCCGGUCACCUCACGCCGCAGGCUACGGCUACGAGGGCGAGGGGGUCGGGGGAGGCUUGUCGCUCAGUUCGCACGCGGCCGCGAGAGAUCGCGACCGCCACGGCGCGACGGACACCUGUCAGAGGCGCUUUGACAAGCCUGGAGAGCAGCGCUCCCCGCUUCUCUCUCGCAGCUUUCAGGGGGCCUGCGAGAAGGAGGACGCAGUUUCGACUCGCAGCGACGAGCGCCGCGCGAGUUCUGCGCCCUCACCCGUCUCCUCGACGUCGGGCUCUCUGAUCCUGGACACCGACCCUGAAUCGAGGCCACAUCGCUCCCACGAGCGGUUCCGCAUUUCGCCUCCGGAGCAAAAGUCUCUACGCUGCGUCAGCGCGACGCGCGCGCGGUCGCCGAGGCAGCGCGACGACGCAGAGCCGCAGUCUCGCCAUCUCGCCUAUGCGUCGCUCCUGGAGGAGCUGCGCAGACGCAAGCAGCGCGCGACAGGUCCCGCCCGCUCGCGGCGCAGGGAGAGCGCCGCGAGCUUCGACGAAGGCGCGCAGGAGGUUGAAGCUGCGCGGGUCGCGCAGCGGCGGCGGGAACGACAGCGACGGGGGGCGGACACCGGCAGCACGCCGCGAGACUUCCUGUUGAGCGUCACGCGGCGCCUGCCGUCGCCUGUGAGGCCGCUGAGCCCGACGCGAGGGCUGGGCGAGCGCGCAGCGACUCAGGAAGAGCACGAAGAGGAGGGGCUUCUUUUCGCUCGCCAGUCGACGUCCUCGGAUGCAGCGCUGUCGCCCUCGUCUCUAGGCGCCGCUGAGCGCGCGGCGGGCGUGCGGCGAGACGCCGGGUUGCAGGUCGCGCCCUCCCGCAGGCGGCUGCCGAGAAAGGAGCGACGGGGAAACGCCUCGUCGUGUGACUACGUCCCGCCACACUCGCUGUUCAUUCCGCCGCUGCGGACGUCUGUGCUCGAGGCGAAGCGGAGCUUCCGCGAGAAAAUUCGCCGCAGCGCGCGCGGCGAGCCGCUGAACGCCUCGCUCUCUUCGGGACUAGGCAACUACGCGGAUUUCGACGACGAAGAAGAUGGAUCCCAGUCUGUCCGGAAGGAUCGCGACCAUCUCGACUCGCUCUUUGACCUUCCCUUCGCCUCCUCGCCCACGCGCCAGCGCCUGCAGGACACGGUCAACCGCUACGCUCUCUUCAAGCUCUUCGACGACGAAGCGCUGAGUUUUUCGCGAGUGAGCGACCUCGACAGCCGCUACGAGGCGGGUGCUGCCUCCUCGGCGCUGUCGCGCGACGUGGACUGCGCGGAGAGCGAAACCAGAUCCCUCGGAACCCCCCCUCCAGGCAAGUUCAAGCGGCGCGAGGUGUCGCGGGCGCUCCUGGAACAGCUGGGCGCUGCUACGCCCGCCGCAGUCCUCGACAGCGCCUGCGAGAGAACUGGCGCGCAGGGCCCUUUCGCCUGUGCGCCAGCGGCCUUGUGGGAUCCAGCGGCAGGGCGUGGAGAGCUGCGAGCCGAGGAAAAUGCUGAGGCGCCAGAGAGAGAGUCGCGAGCGGAGGAGGAAGGAAACGCGACGGCGAGGAGACAAGCGUUGUUUUCACCUGGAUCGGCGUCGCGCGCAAGCUCCGGAGCGAGCUCGCGCCGGUCCUCCGUCGUCGCCUCUGUGCGGAGGUCGCCGCGCAUGCGUGAAGAGACUCGGGAUGGGAGAAGCGAAAAAGAAAGGACACGCGGAGAGUGGACAAAACCCGAGGGUGUGCCUCACUUGCCGCUGGACGCGCUGCCGGUGCAGCUGGGGGAGAGACGCGGGCGAGCGCGGGACGACCGGAAGGCCUCGCGAGAUCCGAGAAGGAAGGAGGGAAGGAAGUUGAGAGACAGAUAUCGAGGCGCGAGGAAGACUCCCGAGGAGAAGGAAGCAAGAGGCAAACGACAGGAGAGAAGUCGCGAAAAAUCGAAAAGGAAGAAGGAGCCACGGAAGCGAAGCGACGAGGCAGAGUCGGCGGCCGCCUGCAGUUGGCGAGAGAGGAAGAACGCAGACAAUCUUCGAGCGUCGCGCCGUGCGGCGUGGUCCCCUGACUCCGCCUCCUCUGCGUCCCUCUCAACCGCCUCCUCGCAGCUUUCCUCUUUCUGUUCCUCCUCUCCGUCGCCUGUGCUGUCGUCGUCAGCCUCUUCCCUUGUCUCGUCUCCUUCGUCGUCUUCUGCUCCAACAUCGCGUGAGACGGGCCGUCGCCGGUCUCCGCCGCGCGAGAAGAGGAGGGCGAGUCCACAGGCGCGUUCGUCGUCUGCACGACUCUCUUCUUUCUCCUCUCGGUCCUGUUCGCCUCUCUCUCCGAAUCCACAGCGUACAAGUGGGUAUCGCUCUCAGAAGCGCGGCGCGACUCGGUCGCGCCGCCUGCGGCAUGCGGCGAAGAAAGAGGCCUGCGAGGCGGUGAAGCUGGCGGAGGAAAAGCGCUGCGACAUGAGUCGGGGCUCGCAUUCAGCGGCGCGGAGGAAGGCUCGUCGCUGGCGUGAGGAGGAGGACAACUUGAGCUUCGCAGUGCGCCGCCUUCUGGCGCAGGUCGGGAGAGAGAAGGCGAAGGAUCCCAGGGCCGCGAAUGCUGCUGGCGAACGCCCGCAGGCGUACUUGCAAGCCGCGCGCCAGGCGCUCCUGCGCCACCAGAGAGAUAUCGAGACACAGAGGGAAGAAGUCCGCUUCCUCACCGAACGAAGAAGACCGCGAGCAGGAAGGAUGUCGGACGGCGAGGACUCUGCCGCUGACGCACGACCGCCCUGCCUGCCUGCAGAGGCGCGAACGCGCUGGACUCGCCCGCAGAGCGUGCAGAGCGAGGCGAAGGAGGAGCCAGAGGAAACCGAGAGCUUAGCCGACCUGGGGGAGGCAAUCCGCUUCUUGACGGGGCAGGCCCGCAUGCGGGAAGGGCGAGAAGGCGGCACAGACUCGGACGACGGCGAGGCGGAUAGAGACCUGAACCGCUCAGGCGGAGAGGCGCCACGCGCAGGGCGACCGGAGGCAGCUCGAGAGGCUCGACGCCGGGGCGAUUUGGUCCGUUAUGCGCAUGAGAGAGGCUUCGCUGCCGCGCAUGCGCAGAGGGAGAAGAAACGCGCUAGCCACGCCACGCUGACGGUGGGGGCACGGGCCUCGCACAGCAGCACAGCGGCGAGGGACGCGAAAGACCUCGUGGACACUGCGCGGACUUUUGACGGAGAACGGCAUUUUGCCGGAAGCCUCAUCGCGGAGAGAAGACGCACUUCGUCUCGCCUGGCCUUUGGGGACGAAGACACAAGCAGUGAAGAAGGCGCUCGAGAGCGAAGGAGAAGAGAGCCGCAGAGGCCGGCGCGGGACGCACUCGUGUCCACGGAGCCUUUCGCGCCUGCGUCAAGUUCCAGCGAAGGCGAAGAGGACAUUCCCUCCGCGUUCAAUGUCCUUUGGAGAGAUGGGAGGCACAGCGGCCGAAGCAGCUGUCGAGACACCAAAAUCUCAGGCUCUCAAAUGCGCUACAAACUGAGAAUGCCUGCCUAA